GUUCCCGAUUGCGGGAGGCCUCUUUGUCGUCCCAAUUCCGAAGCUCGCUGGCGACCUUGGUAGAAACACUGGACAUGACCACCCCGCGAUACGUGCGCUGCGUCAAACCCAAUCACGAGAAGCUGUCGGGGCAUUUUGACUCCAAGGAAAUCCUGAGGCAGCUGAGGUAUGCAGGGAUGAUGGAGGCGAUUCGCAUCCGUCAACAAGGCUACGCAUUGCGCGAGCCUCAUUCGGUCAUGUACAAACAAUUCGCUCGCCUAGUUCCCGGGUGUGCAAGUCUCCCUGACUUGGUGGAGAAGCUUUCCCGGAUGCUGAACGUGGACGCGCGGGAAUGGCAGAUGGGGGUGAGCAAGGUCUUCAUGCGCAAGUCCAUGGCGGAAAAGCUCGCGCGCCUCCUGGAGCUGCGUGUCAAGUUCGGCGCUCACACCAUUCAAAGAGCGUGGACUAGACUGCGCCGGCACCGCGCUGCUGUCAGACUCCAGGCUACCAUCCGGAAGUAUCAGACUCGUCGGCGCUUUCUCGCAUUUGUCAGAAGAUUGUCAGCCGCGCAGGCCAUGUGCCGCAUGCGAAACGCCCGCCGAG